AUGUGUCUAACAGUCAGCUGUAACGUUAGACAUGGGGAGCCCAAGACGACCAAAUUUGGGUCCAUAGAAGAAGAGCUGAGUUUCUGGAAGGAUCAGUCAGACAAACACCAGCAAAGGGCUGAGGAGGCACAGGAGGAGUUGCAGGAGUUCCAGCAAAUGAGUAGGGACUAUGAGGCGGAGCUGGAGACUGAGCUGAAGCAGUGUGAAGCGCGGAACAGAGAACUACUGUCCAACAACAACCGGCUACGCAUGGAACUGGAGAACAUCCAGGAGAAGUACGAGGCGCAGCACUCUGAAGCGUUUAGGCAGAUCUCAAUGUUGGAGGGAGACCUGGAAGAGACCACAGCGGUCAAGGACCAACUCCAGAAGUACAUCAGAGAGCUGGAGCAGUCCAACGAUGACCUGGAGAGGGCCAAGAGGGCGACCAUCAUGUCCCUGGAGGACUUUGAGCAGAGGAUGAACCACGUGAUCGAGAGGAACGCCUUCCUGGAGAGUGAGCUGGAUGAAAAGGAGAACCUUCUGGAGUCUGUCCAGAGACUAAAGGAUGAGGCCAGAGAUUUACGACAGGAGCUAGCUGUACAGCAGGUCCAGGAGCGACGCCCCAGUAGCCUCUCUAAAGAGAAAGACAGGACCGAAUCAUCAUCAUCAUCACGCUCCACCAUACCGACCACCCCUCCAAACCACUUGGUAUAUUCCCAGAAACCCCAGCCUCAAGCAUUCGUCGAGGGGAUAACCUAACAGGAACUCCCCUGACUACAUCGGCUCGCAUAUCUGCACUCAACAUCGUCGGGGAGCUCCUAAGAAAAGUUGGGAACCUGGAGUCCAAGUUGGCUUCUUGUCGAGACUUCGUAUACGACACGUCGCCGAAAAGACCGGCUCUUCCGUCGUGUCCCGGUACCCCCUCUGCUAUAGAGGGGGGCACAGAGAUCCAGGCCUGCAGCAUGAGCCCUCCACACUACGACAGUUUGGUGAAGCGGUUAGAGUUUGGACCUGCGCCUCCUCGGGGGGUCUCCUUCCCACGGCUCCCAGUCACCAUCGGGGGGAGUCAAGAUCCUGCUAUGAAACGAGGGCCUCCCCUGCCCCCCUCCACACCCCUGCACUAGACUGUACUACCCAUCAGUAGGGCUUUAAACUGUGUCCCCCUCUCACUACACUACCAGCUGAACAUCCUCCCCCCUCAGUCAAACCAGGAAGCCGCUCCCUCUCAACUUAUUUGCUGCAUGGACUCUGCUGAGAAGAACCGCCGCGUCAUGAUGCUACGCUACAGUUUUAUUUUAUUAAUGAAUAAUAGAAGUGAGGAUUCCUUGACCCUGCUGCAUGUCCUCCUGCUGAUCCCUUGACCUCUGAACCCAAGUCCUGCUACUAUGCCACUAACCCUUACCCCACACCCGGUCCUUCUUGUACCCACGUUCUCUGAUUGGACUCCAUCUUGGAUUCUUGGUGUGCCAGCUGUAGCAGAAGAGUGAAGUUGGUCGAUAGUUGGUGGUGUUAGCAUUGCUGCCUUUAUCAAUAUAUCACCACCACAUGUAAGUUUUGCCUAGUCAUGGUUCCUUUCUGUGUGUCUAAGUUAGGCUAGCUUUACCUUUUGGAGAAUGUGUAUUAUUCCUUUCUUCGUGCUGUGUUGUUGCCAUCUGCUGUAAAAGCUAAAGGAUUGUCUGAAGUUUGUUAUGGGUACUACUACUUUACAGGUCAAUGUUUGAGUUAAAAGCAAUGGUUUAAUGUACAAAUAUACUUUCUUUUAAAGGUCUUCUACCCGGUAACUU